UCCCAGAAUAACUCACCAACAAACUCCAAUCCCACUCAUCCAUUUUUCUUCAGUGUUAAAACUCUCUUCAAGAACAAUAAUUAUUAUAAAAAAAUGGGUAGCCUUGAAGAGGAAAGAACAACUGUAGGAUGGGCAGCAAGAGACCCUUCUGGGAUUCUCUCCCCAUACACCUACAAUCUAAGAAACACUGGCCCUGAUGAUGUUUACAUCAAAGUUCACUACUGUGGAAUUUGCCACUCUGAUCUCCACCAGAUUAAAAACGAUCUUGGCAUGUCCAAUUACCCCAUGGUCCCCGGACACGAAGUGGUCGGUGAGGUACUGGAGGUGGGGUCAAACGUUAGCAGGUUCGGAGUUGGUGAAGUUGUUGGAGUUGGACUCCUCGUAGGUUGCUGCAAAAACUGCGGGCCAUGCCAGUCAGACAUUGAGCAGUACUGCAGCAAGAAAAUUUGGUCUUACAAUGAUGUUUAUGUGGAUGGAAAGCCCACUCAGGGUGGCUUUGCAGAAACCAUGAUCGUCGAGCAAAAGUUUGUGGUGAAAAUUCCAGAGGGUUUGGCGCCAGAGCAAGCUGCACCAUUGUUGUGUGCUGGUGUGACUGUGUACAGUCCACUGUCGCAUUUUGGGUUGAAAGAGAGAGGGCUGAGGGGUGGAAUAUUGGGGCUUGGAGGAGUGGGACACAUGGGGGUGAAGAUAGCAAAAGCAUUUGGUCACCAUGUGACUGUGAUAAGUUCUUCUGACAAGAAGAAACAGGAGGCACUUGAACAUCUUGGAGCUGAUCAAUAUCUUGUUAGCUCUGAUGCCACUGCUAUGCAGGAAGCUGCUGAUUCACUUGACUACAUCAUUGACACUGUGCCUGUUGGUCAUCCUCUCGAGCCUUAUCUCUCCUUGCUCAAACUCGAUGGCAAGUUGAUCUUGAUGGGGGUCAUCAACACCCCUCUGCAAUUUGUUAGCCCCAUGGUCAUGCUAGGGAGGAAAUCAAUAACUGGAAGUUUCAUUGGAAGCAUGAAGGAGACAGAGGAGAUGUUGGAGUUCUGGAAAGAGAAGGGACUGAGCUCUAUGAUUGAAGUGGUGAACAUGGAUUACAUUAACAAGGCUUUUGAAAGGUUGGAGAAGAACGACGUGAGAUACAGGUUUGUUGUGGAUGUUAAAGGGAGCAAACUUGAACAGUAAAAAGAUGUUGCUCUGAGCAUCUUCGAUCAUGGAGGAGAGUCUGUCCGGCAGUUAAAGUUGUGUUUGUUUAUUAAGAAGAGUGCUCUGUUUUCUCUGCUUUAGCUUCACGCCUUUCAUUAAAUAUUUUAUAUGAAAAAUUCUGGUGGGAAGGGUUUUGUUGUGUUAAAUAUUGAUUUGUUGGUUAAUGAAAAAAGAGAGAGAAAAAGUGGAUGAGUGGAUUACCAAAUUGAGUUGCUUGACCUUUACCUAAUCUUUGACAAAGAGACAUCAUCUUCUCUGAGUCACACGUAUGAAUCCAAAAUAUCAUCUUACCUUAAA